AUGGCAAAGUGGUUCAAAGAAUUCCCCAUCAAUUUGAAGAACGGUACCGAUAGGAUCCGCUCCGCUUCAGAAUCACGCUCCCAAUCCAGGGGUAAACCUGGACAGCAGUCCCAGCAACAGCCCCAACAGCAGCAGCACCUGCGACAAAAGAGCUGGAGCCAGAAGAUCCUGAAGUCCUCUCCCACCCUCUCGCCCUCCCUUUCCUGCCCACCCAACAUCGGCCCUGAGGCUGAGGUGUGCCGGGUGGACCCCACCCUGCCCCUGGAGAAACAGAGCUGGUACCAUGGGUGUGUAAUAAGCCAGGAGGCAGAGUCUCAGCUCCAGUCCUGCAAAGAGGCCAGUUUCCUGGUGAGUAACAGCGAAUCAGGAACCAGCAAAUACUCCAUUGCUCUCAAGAUGAGCCAGGGCUGUGUUCACAUCAUCGUAGCCCAGACUAAGGAGAACGGCUACACGCUGGACCAGAGCAGCUGUGUGUUUCCCAGCAUUCCAGAGGUGGUGCACCACUACGUCACUCAGCGGCUGCCUUUCAACGGGGCCGAACACAUGACCCUGCUGCACCCUUUGCCACGCCCUUGCUGA